CAGUCGCUGUGCAGGUGUCGUGCUGGGUGGGGACUGGGUGGCGCCUCUCCCAGGAGCCCCCUGGUACCGCGCGCGGCGCGGCGGCGGCACGGAGCCCCAGCGCUACGCGCACGGCUAGGGGCCACCACAGCGUCCGGCCGCGGCGCCGGUAACGUGUGAGCGGCACCAUGCUGAUGACCUGCGUGCUGGUGGCGGUGAGCCGGCUGCCCGCGCUGGCGGCCAGCUCCCUGCCCGUAUCGGUGGACGGCAGGCCGGCGGUUAGUGAACCGCUGCCCGCUCUGAUGGACAGGGCCGCCAUCCAGCCACAGGGCCUUGGUCCUUCAUUCGGAGAAGAAGUUAAAAACGUUACAGCUACGAAGGGUCGCGAUGCAGUUCUCACCUGCGUGACCGAAAAUCUUCAGGGGUACAAGGUGGCCUGGAUCAAGGUGGACACGCAGACGAUCCUGACGAUCGGUAGCCACCUGAUCACGCGCGACUACCAGAUAUCGCUGUCGCAGUCGGACGGCCGCGUCUGGCACCUGCGUAUCAGCCACGUGGACCGCACCGACUCCGGCUGGUACAUGUGCCAGAUCAACACCGACCCAAUGAUCAGCCGGCAGGGCUACCUCGAGGUCGUCGAGCCGCCGGACAUUGUGCUCAAAGAGUCGUCCGAUGAUAUGAGCCUACAUGAAGGCGAAGACGCGACUCUCCGGUGUGUCGCCAGGGGCUACCCCAAGCCGCUCAUCAAGUGGUUCAAGGAGGACGGCUCCGGACAGCCUCUGGUCUCCAGCCCAGGCAUGACUGUGAACGACACGGACAUCAUUUUCACGCCCGUGCGCCGACACCACAUGGCCGUGUACCUGUGCAUCGCCUCCAACGGUGUGCCGCCGUCCGUCUCCAAACGGAUCGUGCUCCAGGUGCAGUUCGCGCCGCUGGUGAACGUCACGCAGCAACUGAUGGCCGCCGCCAAGGGCACCUCCGUGACGCUGCGCUGCGCCACCGAGGCCCACCCGACCUCGGUGGUCUACUGGUGGUCGGCCAACGCCGGCGUGCUCUCCUCAGGAGUGAGAUACAAAGUGAAGAACAUAAGUCACGGCUAUAAGCUGGAGAUGCGUCUGCAAAUACUGAAAGUGGACGGGUCAGACUUCACCACCUACAAAUGCGUGGCGAAGAAUCCGCACGGAGAGUCCGAUGGCACCAUAAGACUCACAGAGCGGGCGCCCACGGACGCCGAGCGCCGGCUGCUGGCCGCCGGCCCGGACGCCGAGGAGGCGCGCCGCCGCCAGCUGCUGGCCCAGCAGGAGGCGGCCGCCGCGCGGGCCGCGCACAAACUGCGCGAACAGCGCCGCCGGCAGGAGGAGCGGCGCCGGCAGCGGGCGCGCCAGCGACACCAGUCGGGCCCGUCAGCACCGGACAGCACCGGCCGACACGGCCAGCGUCCAGGUGACGGCGCGCCGGCGGACCGAGCCACCGAGGGACCGCCGCACCAGACGGGUGCCGCCGGCGCGUCCGCGGCGCCCCUGCCGCUGUCACUGCUGCUGUCAGUGCUGCUGCUGUUACUGCCGGCGUCAGCCGCCGGCCGGCGCUCGUGAUGGCGCCGCCCCACCCCUGCCGUCAGCGCGCUCGGCGGGCCGCGCCGGCACCCAGUUGUUGUCAGCGAGUAGCCACUGUUCGACUCGUACCUUAUCACACGGGCAGACCCCACCCCCAUCUUCCAGAUAGCUUCCGACGCAGAGCCAUGGUGCAACGAGUAGGUCCGAGGACUCCCUCUUCCUGUAGUGCCGUCUGGUUAUAUGAGAGAGAAUGGAGGAGAAACAAGAACAUUCCUGAACGUUCCUUUGUUGAAUAUGAAACAGUAAUAUACGAUUUAUUCAG